AUGGGACAACCAUCCACCGAGGCGUCGAACGCCAUCAUCUACACUACCUUGGCUCUCGGAUCUGGUAUGCUGUUCACUUAUCCAGAAAUUGCCACAUUGGCAGGUCUUCAGGGCGUGCUCGUCUACGCUUUGGCUUCCUCACUCCCGCUCUUCGCCUUCGCCUCGUUGGGCCCUAUCAUCAGGCGCAAAUGUCCAGAGGGGUUCGUCCUCACAGAGUGGACUAGACAGCGUUACGGAACCGUCACGGCCUUGUACCUGAGCUUCGUCACGCUUGUUACGCUUUUCCUGUACAUGGUUGCCGAAUUGUCCUCUAUUGGCCAGGUUGUCGAAGUCUUGACUGGCCUUCACGGGUUGCCAGUCAUCAUUGUCGAAUGUGUUAUCACGACUAUCUACACCUCUUUGGGCGGAUUCCGAAUCUCUUUCAUCACCGACAACAUUCAGGGAGCAAUGGUAGUCGGACUCAUUGUCGUCGCAGCUAUUGCCAUUGGCGUUGAGACCAAGAUCGACACCAGCCUCAUUGAGCCCUCGGGCCUCUUAAAGGAUAACCUCUUGGGUUGGCAGCUUCUUUACAUCCUCCCCGUUGCCAUCUUGACGAACGACUUCUUUUUGUCCAGCUUCUGGCUUCGUACCUUUGCCUCCAAGACCGACAAGGAUCUAUGGAUCGGCAUCUCUCUCGCCGCCCUUAUCAUCCUCAUCAUCAUUACCAUGGUAGGCUGCACUGGUCUCAUCGCCGCUUGGUCCGGCAUCUGGCCCGGCUCGGACCCGGAAAACCCGCUCCCCGGUUCCGUCGCCUUCUUUGGCCUGCUCGAGAAUCUUCCUGCCUGGGUCGUCGGCUUCGUCCUGGUCAUGUCGGUCACCCUCAGCACUGCCGCCUUCGACUCCCUUCAGUCCGCCAUGGUCUCGACCGCCAGCAACGAUUUGUUCCGGAACAAGCUCAACGUGUGGUGGAUCCGCGGCGCCGUGGUUCUGGUUAUCAUCCCCAUCGUGGUGAUCGCCAUCAAGGCGCCCUCGAUUCUGCAGAUCUACCUCAUUUCUGAUCUCGUCUCUGCCGCCACCAUCCCGGUGCUUGUCAUUGGCUUGUCUGAUCGCUGCUACUGGUGGCGCGGCUUUGAGGUGGUUGUCGGCGGGUUGGGCGGCAUCUUUACUGUCUUCAUCUUCGGCGCGAUCUACUACAAGGACGCCCACAGGGGCGCUCAGCUGAUGCUGCUCGAGGAGGGACUGUACCAGGAGGGCUGGGCUGCGUUCGGUGCCUUCGUGGCCGCCCCCGUCGGCGGUCUCUUGUGGGGCUUCGGAGCCCUUGCGCUUAGACUCUCGGUGCAGUGGGUUCAGGCCAAGAGAAAGGGUGUAAGAUUCGAUGCCCUGGAUCGCCCCGUUAUGGUGGAGGGAGACGGCGAGACGGUCCAAUAUAUCGCUGGUGGAGACUUGGAGACUAUCUUGAGCACCGGACAGGAGUCUGGGGCCGGAAAGAUUCCGGGCAAGUUCUUUUGA